AUGCCGCCGAAGCUGUACACAAGGCUACUGCUGUACAUCGUGGUUCUUUCCACGAUGUUUCUCGGCGUGCGCCACUACUGGAAGUUGUUCUGGCGGGAGAGCAGCAGGUUCAUCGGCGGGUCUGCGAUCAGAAGGGAGGGCUACGGAAACAACAACAACAACUAUGGGACGGGCCGGGCUGCGCGGUACGUCGUAGUCGAUGUCGCUGUGGAGAGUUGCUGGCAUGUUUAUGGCUACACGCUGUGGUGUUCGCGAUCCGGUGGGUUGAUCCCACCGGUAGACGGUCAAAGGGCAGCGCAGACGACGGUCCACAGGCGCGUCCAGAAGGAUAUGGCUGGGUCGUUGCUGGUAGAUUGGUUCGGUACCGCACAAUUCUUGCAGCUGGAAAUGCUGCAGGAGCAGCAGGGCACGUCUGGACAGUGUGUCUCGUCGAUAUCAUGGUCCCCAGGGUCAUUUCAGACCUGGCAAGGUUUGCACUUCGAGACCCAGGAUAUAACGGGAGAGAACAACCUCCCGUGUGUCACAGACAUCACCGUGCUGUUUGGGGAGGACUGCGUUGAUCCACGGUCCGAAUGGAACCUGCUCAGGGACAAACCCCUGCCGGUGUCCUCGUCGACACGUCGCAACGAUCCCGUGGAUUGCUACUUGUCCUACAGAUCUGGUGGGGGGAGAUGGGCACGGCCAGUGUUGAAACUGGACGCCGCAGGUCAGUUCAAAGUGGUGCAAUUAGCGGAUCUGCACAUGGGUGUCGGUCCAGGGAAGUGUAUCGAUGAGUUCCCGGAACACAGCAAGAGCGAGGGACCCUGUCUCGCAGACCCGAAAACACUCACGUUCGUAGAGAGCGUGCUCGAUACGGAGUCACCACAGCUGGUGGUGUUCACAGGGGAUCAAAUAAUGGGGGACAAGUCUCGCUACGACUCAGAGACGACUUUGCUCAAAGCAUUAGCGCCCGUGUUGGAAAGACAUAUACCGUGGUGUCUCGUCUGGGGUAACCAUGAUGACGAGGGUUCGCUGUCGCGAUGGGAGUUGUCCCGCUUUGCGGAGACACUACCGCUCUCACUGUUCAAAAUAAGCCCGCGAGACACCGGGGACAGUUCCUUCGGGGUAGGUAACUACUUCCACCAAGUGUUCAGCGAUAAUGGCGAGGAGAAACCGGCCAUAACACUAUACUUUCUAGACUCCCACAAGUAUUCCCGCACGGGGAAACUAUACCCUGGUUACGACUGGAUAAAGGAGGCACAGUGGGACUACGUAAAACAACUUUACGACAAGGCGAUCGCCCCAUUCGCUGAUGCUGCUACAGAAACAUCACAGGAGAGGCAGUUGUCAAUGGCGUUUUUCCACAUUCCUUUACCAGAGUAUGGCGAUUUCCAAUCGCAGUCGAACCCGGCUGAACAGAAUCCAAUGUUAGGUCAACACAAAGAGGGACUUACGGCUCCGAAAUAUAACUCUGGUGGCUUGACCACUUUACAGCACAUGCGAGUCCAAGCGACGUCGUGCGGCCAUGACCACUGCAACGACUACUGUCUCCAGGAUGACUCCACAGGCGACAAGAUCUGGCUCUGUUUCGGUGGGAGCGCCGGUGAGGGUGCUUACGCCGGCUACGGUGGCACGGAACGUAGAAUCAGAACAUUCAAUUUCGAUACAACAAGCGGGAGGAUAGAGACCUGGAAGAGACUGAACGGGUCCCCGCAAAACGCAUUCGAUUACCAAGUCCUCGUCGAUCUCGGACACCCUGCAGGCCUGGACGUUUUAUAA